AUGCGCAUCCCGGUGACGGGGCUUUUGCGACUUUUGUGCUCGCGUUGGAAAACAGGUGUUUCGGCCACGCUACAGGCCCAAUCCACUCGCCGUCACGCUGCGAAACGCCCCUGGAUCGACCCAGGACAUCACCAGCCCAGGCCCGGCAACGCUACGCCGGACGAACCGCGUACGUCACCACACGUGGUUCCGGAACUGACCGGCUUCCGCCGGAGAAGGACGGCAGCAACCGUCAACCAUCUGCGUCCACCACAUCGGCCACGCGCAACAGCAACCGCGCACGUGGUUCCGUAUCCGCGUGACCUCGCGGAGGUCCGAGCAGCGGCCCGCCUUCGAGUGGCGGCCACGAUAGGGUUCGGCGUGAAUUCACGUUGAACAGCAGCAACAUCAACAGCAGCAGGGAGUAGUCGUUUCAGCAUUCGCUGGCGGCGUUCGAGAUCCGGUAGGUGAAACCGCCGCGACCAGAGCAGCAGGAGAGCACCAGGUAACAGCAACAGCAGCAAACCGUCGAGUUUCGGCGGCCACGUGAUCAACGCACUCAAAAAGGGACGUGAGUAGAA